UGAACUGCCGGAACUACCCCUGCUUUCCUCACCUCCCACCACCACCGCACCGCAAUCCCCACUCUCGACCUCGCGCGCCGUCCGUCUCUGCCCUGCCCUGCCCUGCCGCGAUCUCUCCCUCGCUCGCCCCCAAAUCGCCAAUUCCUCCAUCCUCGGAUCGCGCCCAAACCCCUCGCCCGCCCCGCGCCGCCGGCCCCACCCCCCAAACCCCCCGAAUUCCCCGCCGUCUCCACCCCCAAUUUCCCCCCGAAUCCGACCUCCCCGGCCGGCCGUCUUCCGGCGCGCGGGCGUUCUCCCCACAUCAAGCGGGACCGGACGCGAAUUCGGGCCGCCAGGAGCUACCCCCGCGCGCGGAUCUAGGGUUUCGUCGUCGGACCUAGGGUUUGCCGCCGCUGGCGAUCUGGUGGUGAUGGUGCGGCGCGGCGAUGCGGGGCCAUGCGCGGUGAGGGCCGGCUCCUCGUUCGGCACAUGUGGCCCGCGACUCGGGUAGACGCAGCAGCAGCAGCUCCACCACCAUCGCCGCGCGGACCAGCUACCGUGCCUCGUCCUCCUUCCCGGUCGUGUGCCCUCCCCGCGCUGACAGCCCCGGCGCCGACGACCCCCCCAUCCCCAGCGGCGCCGCAGGAGCAGCAGCAGCUCGUCCGGUCUCCGCGGCCCGUGUCCGCCGCCGACUCCUUCGUAAAGGACGGACGGGAGAUUCGAGUUGGCGACUGUGCUCUUUUUCGGGCUGUUGAUGUUCCACCUUUCAUUGGAUUGAUACGUUGGAUCGAGAAACAUAAAGAUAACCAUCCCAGGUUACGUGUAAGUUGGCUUUACAGACCUGUUGACGUUAAGCUCAACAAGGGCAUACAACUGAGCGCUGCUCCAAACGAGGUCUUCUACUCUUUCCACCAGGACGAGACAUCUGCUGUAUCACUGCUCCAUCCUUGUAAAGUUGCCUUUUUACGUAAAGGUGCUGAGCUAUCGUCUGGAAUUUCUUCACUUGUUUGUCGCCGUGUGUAUGAUAUUGACAAUAAGUGUUUAUGGUGGCUUACCGACAGGGACUAUACUAAUGAACGGCAGGAAGAAGUAAAUCGUCUCCUAGACAGAACGAGGCUAGAAAUGAAUGGUGUAGUGCAGUCAGGUGGGCAUUCACCAAAACGGCCAAAUGUUCCGUCAGCUUCUCAGCAAUUGAAAGCUGGUUCAGAUGGCACUCAAAAUUGUGGUCCAUCUAAAGGGAAGAAGAGGGACAGAGGUGAGCAAGGAAUUGAUCCAGCUAAGCGAGACCGUGAUUGCCCUCUUAAGGUCGAUGACAGUGAACCUGGAAAUAUUAAGAGGGACAACAUAAAGUCUGAAAUCGCAGAGAUAACAGAAAAGGAUGGGCUUCCUCACGCUGAAGCAGUUGAGAAACUAGUUAAUUUCAUGCAACUUGAUCAAAUUGAACGGAAAAUGGACUGUGCUAGUCGAGUAAGGCUUGCUGAUAUAAUCGCAGCUACAGAAAGUCCUGAUUGUCUUAGCAGAUUUAUGCAGCUAAGGGGCCUUCCGGUCUUGAAUGAUUGGCUUCAAGAGACUCACAAAGGAAGGUCUGGUGAAGGGGGCAGCCCUAAAGAAACUGAUAAGCCCAUUGAAGAACUUAUCCUAGCCCUGCUUCGUGCACUAGCGAAAUUGCCUAUCAGUCUGGCUGCCUUACAAAGCUGCAGCAUUGGGAAAUCUGUCAAUCAUCUGCGUGGGUAUAAAAAUCCGGAGAUACAGAGGAAGGCUAAGUGUCUUGUUGAUAGCUGGAAGAAGCGUGUUGACGCUGAAAUGAAGUCGGCUGAUGCAAAACCUGUAUUAUCAGGUCAAGCUGUUUCCUGGUCAGGGAAAGUGGGGUUUCCAGAAAUUUCCAGUGCCGGAAACGGACGAAGUGAUUCUAGUGAGCCCAGCCCCAAAAAUGCAGUGUUUUAUCUAUCUUCACCAAAGGCUUUGAGUGCUACACCUGGUGCUGCUGAUGUUGCAAAGUCGAAUCCUUUCACGUCUGGCUCUUCAAAAUUGCAACACGCGCAACCUGGAAAUGCUGCAACCACCUUGAAGGAUUCACCCUGUAAAUCAGCUGCUGGGACUUGUGGCCCCGACUUUCCUACCGUGAAAGAGGAGAAAAGUUGCAGUUCAAGCCAAUCACUGAAUAACAGCCAGUCAUGCUCUAGUGAUCCUGGAAAAACAGUUGGUUAUUCCAAGGAAGAUGCACGAAGCUCAACUGCUGCUUCAGCGAAUGCAAGUAAAAAUUCUGGGCGUGGCCAUCGAAGGGGAAAAAAAGGGCUUCAUGGUUCCGGUUUCCAGAAGGAAGCUGUUUUGGGAAAGUCCAGCCCUGUUGAUCGUUCUUCAUUUCAGGAAAGACCAUCACAAUCUGGCUUGCCAUGUGAGAAAGGAGUUGACACAGCUCACACCAAUAAUAAAUUGAUAGUUAGGUUUCCAAAUCCAGGUCGUAGCCCUGGUAGGAGCACAAGUGGGGGCUCUUGUGAGGAGCCAUCAGUUCCUGGGAAUAGAGCUUCAUCUCCCAUUCGUGCAGAUAGGCAUGAACAGAAUGAUCGUAGGGUGAAAAUGAAGGUUGAACAUCCUCAAGCUCAUUUAGGAUCUGAUACUAAUGCUAAACCUGGGCAAAUCAGUAGUAUUAACGGAACUGCAGGUUCCGGGGAAGGUGACAAAUCACCUUGUGGUAUGUUGGAUGGUGACUGUAGCAGGACUGCCGACGAUGCUGGUGAGGAUGAUGCAUCACGAGUUACAUGCUCAUCAUAUAUGGACGAAAAGGACAUCUGCUUAGGUGAAACCAAGGUGCAGAACUCGUUCAGCCCUUUGAAUGCUUUGAUUGAAAUCAAGUACUCUGAAUCUAGUCAGUCCAUGCAAGCUGCAGAUGAUACAGCAAUGAAUCUUCUUGCUAGUGUUGCUGGAGAAGUAUCCAAAUCUGAAGUGAUUAUGUCUUCUGCUUCACUGAGGAAUUCAUCUGCAAAUAAACCGGGCUCUGAAGGUGAGAAAAUCGGGAAGCUAAAGGUAGAGUGUGAUGCAGGCGCGUCACAGAGCCCAUGGCCAUCAGACGUUGAGAAAGUCGUCUCUGAUAAGGAAGGCAAACAUGAUGCUUCUUUGGCUGCAAAGGAGGAACACCACCAGAGGAACUCUGGAACUAAUUUACCAUCUCAUGACAAGGGUACAGCGUCUACUAGGCCAUCUUCUCAGCCUGGAAUAGAUUCUAAAGGUUUUGAAUCUUCUGCUAACACUAAAGGCAAUGAAGUUGAGUCAAAUGUCAGACAGCCAGCCACUAUUAGGAUUGAUACAAAGUUCAGUAUGAAAUCAUCAGCAGGGAUUGCAGGUACUGUCCGUGAGAAAGUUGAAGAUGGUUGUACAACCAGUUCUGAUGUCAACACUUCAUUAGGUGAUAAAUUAAGUCCACCAGAUCAUGUGGAAACCAUCAGAUCUACUGACAAGUGUACUGCUGGUAAAUUGGAUUCGAAGCCUUCAUUCGCAUCUUCGGCUCUGGCCGAAAAAGACGCUGAUGGUCUACUGGUUUCUAAUAAAGUACUGAAAGCGCAUGAGAAAAAAGAACAGUCUUCUUCCACUUCCGCUGGUGUUACCAAAUUACAGGUGUCAGUAGUGUUGCCACUUGCUGCAGAAAAUGGGAUUGGUGUGAUUAAAGAAUCAAAAGACAGUUCCAGUGAAUCAAGCAGUCAAGCAAAAUCUAGCGCUAUCGUAUCCCAGGAUACUGAGCAUAGUGCACGACACAGUUCAAAGAAACUGAGCGAUCAUUCAAGUGGAAAAGAGGGCAUUGUCUCGUCAGACGAGGGCUCUUCUAUAGCUGCCAAAGCCAAGUCAAAUGGUGCAGCUAAGCUUGACUUUGAUUUAAACGAACUUGGGGAUGAGGGGAAUCACUCUGAGCCAGCUGCCUCUCCUGUUAUAUGUUCUUCUGCAUUUCAUUUACCUGGUCUUUCUCCAUUCGUGUCACCUAUUUUAAGUGGUCCACCUGCCCAAAUAACAGUAGCUGCUCCAGCUAAAGGACCUUUUGUCCCUCCUGAGAACCUACUAAGAGUGAAGCCGGAGGCUGGGUGGAAAGGCUCGGCAGCUACAAGUGCAUUUCGUCCUGCGGAACCACGGAAGACUUUAGGGAUGUUUCUUACUGGACCUGACAUUGCAGUAUCUGAUGCUGCAGGGAAGCAGUCUCGCCAAGGAUUUGAUAUUGAUCUAAAUAUAGCAGACGACCAAGUUCCAGAAGUAGAUAUCUCACAGAGUUCUGCUCAGACAACCGGUUCUGAAUCUGGCAACCCUAGGAGUCGCAGUGGUCCUGGACGAAGUGCUGGCAUUGAACUUGACUUAAAUAUGGCAGAUGGAGUUGCGGAGAAUAGCCAAUUUAUCUCAAAUGCAUCGCACAGAGUUGAAGUUGGAUUGUUGCCAGGAGGUUUACUGAAUACUGAUAGAAACAGCUCGAGGAACUUCUUCGAUCUCAAUAACGGACCAAGCCUUGAUGAAGCUAGCACAGAACCUGCACAGAGGAGUCUAUCAUCUAAAGGUGCUAGCAGCAUACCAUUCCCACCUCAAGUUGCUGGCCUUAGAAUGAACAGCUCUGAAUUUGGUAAUAUGUCACCAUGGUAUGCUUCCGCCAACCAAGGUGGUCCUGUAGCUAUGCAGUCGUUUUUGCCUGCUAGAGGAGAACAUCCUUACCCAAUUGAAACAGCACCUGGAACCCAGAGGAUUAUCACGGCUGCGCCAGGCGGUGGCCAUUUCGGAAGUGAUUCCUCCAGGCCUCCAGUUAUUUCCACAGCACCAGCCAUGGUCUUUCACUCUCCUGCAUAUCAAUAUGCAGGAUUUCCUUUCGCUUCCCACCUUCAAACAGCAGGGUUUCCAAUUGGAUCAACACCAUAUGCCAGUUCUGCACCUGCAGGAGUUCCAUAUUUCCCAAUGAUGGCUCCGGCAUUUGCUGGGUCAGCAGGGGCAUUACCUGCCCAGCAUGCAAGGCAGUAUACAAUUAGCCUUCCUGAAGGUAGCAGUAGCGAUGGUCAUGACAGUAAUUGGAAAUGGAGAAGACAGGGGCUUGAUCUUAAUUCUGGCCCUGGAAGUAUAGACGCAGAAGUGAAGGAUGAACGAUUACCUAUAUCGGUUAGACAAAAUUUGAUCACACCGCCACAAGGCUUUGUGGAGGAGCAAACAAGAAUGUACCAAAUGCCAGGUGUAGGAAUAAAGAGGAAGGAACCUGAAGGCAGUUGGGAUGCUGAAAGAUCGUCAUACAAACAAUUAUCAUGGCAAUAAGAACUUUAAGGAGAUCUCCUUGCAGCGACUUCAGUGUCUGGUGAGCUUAGGCAACUGCAUGUGGAAGCCAGGCUUGUAUUGCACCCCUGUGGCCGUGCUGGGAUAUACAACUCACAUAGAUUCAUCUCCCUGAUGAUGUGAACUGUGAGAGGAACAAACUUGAUGUAAUUGCUGUAAAUGUAAAUCAUAUCCAUAGUUUCCGGAAAAUGUUUUCCUCAGCUUCAGCAGUUGCUUUGCUAGAGUUAUGUAUGCCAGCCUUGCUUCUAUUUUGAUCCACAAGGGCAUGGCUUUGGAGAUGGAAUGUUAAUGCCCCCCCGGCAUCUUCAAACAUCUGGAACAGUUGUAAUUAGUUUCGAUCGGUUUGUUUUAAGUUUUUGGUGAACAGUUUUCAGCCUGUUGAGGACAUCUGCUGCUUAACAUAUGAUUUAGAUGUAACAUGUAUCCUGCUGGGAAGUAUUACAUCAGUAGACCAGUAAGAAAUAAUCUGUGCUGAUCAACAUAUUGUGUUGCCUCAAA